AUGGCAAUCCACAAUACUUUAUCACGUUCACAUGGAAUUGUAAAGUGGUCAGAGAUCACCCGCUAUAUGGAUACACAUCGCCAAACCGAUUCCCAUAGUAGAGCAUAUAUCAUUGCUCGGGUGUUCAAUAUCAAAGUUCAUGACUUUAUCCGGUUUCUUAAGGAAGACAAAACAUUUGGCGGCGUUGAAACAUAUCUGUACACUAUUGAGUUCCAUAAAAGAGGUCUUCCGCAUUGCCAUACCUUACUCUGGGUAUCAGCUGCGGACCGCGUAAAAAUUGCAAGUGAUGUUGACAAGUAUAUCACAGCUGAGUUGCCAAAUCCAAUUACGGAGGCAGAAUUAUACGAGACGAUAACAACCUGCAUGAUUCAUGGUCCAUGUGGACCGCUUAACAACUACGAUCACUUUUCUGUCAUCUACUGCUUUUCUGUGAGGUUAGCAAUCCACUUUUGCUGUGGAACACUGCAUGACACACUCCGUUCUGCCAUCCCAUCUAAAUCAAUGGCAAACUUUGGUCUUCCAGUUCCGUCAGCCAAUCUGAUUGGUGUUUUACGAAAUCGAAAGCUAUUGGAAGAAAUGAGUUAUGAUACGAAAGAACUACUAAAACAACACAAUGAUCAAGUACCAAAGCUCAACAAUGACCAACGAUUAGUCUACAACAAAGUUGUUACUUCCAUAGAGAACGCAAAACGAAUACUAAUAUUUGUUUAUGGACAUGGUGGUACUAGCAAAAAAUUCUUAUGGGUGACUAUUCUUUCCUAUCUGAGAUCGAUAGGCAAAAUCAUUUUGGUUGUUGCUGCAUCUGGAAUCGCAUCGCUUUUAUUACCCUCUAGGAAAACCGCACACUCAAGGUUCAAAAUACCUAUUGAUUUAAACAACAAAAAAUCAUGCGAUAUAAAAAAGCGCACCUUCCUUGGAGAUCUUAUGCAGUGUACAACACUCAUUAUCUGGGAAGAGGCGCCAAUGAGUGACAGAAGGUGGUUUGAAUUUUUCGACCAUUCACUUAGAGAUGUGCUAGACUGUGACGAAAAACAGUUUGGGGGCAUGUCAGUGCUCCUUGGUGGUGAUUUCAGCGAAACUCUUCCUGUUCUACCAAAAAACACUCGUUUUGAAAUUAUCGCACUAACUCUACCAAGUUCAUAUUUAUGGUCAUAUUUUAUAGUUCACUUUUUACAUACGAACAUGACACUAGAGUCCUCUAACACAAUAUCCCAUGGCUCAAUGACUUUAUCAGACUUUGCCACAUGGCUGCUAGCUAUUGGUAAUGGACAUAUAGGUGUACCUGACAAAGAUGACCCACGGGACUCAAGUUGGAUACGAAUUCCAUCUUCACUCCUAAUAUCACUUUCCCCUGAUUCUCUACAGACCUUAAUAUAUUUUGUCUCUGGGGAUGAUACACUUAAUGAGCCGACUGCCACACUGCUUUCAGCAAGAGCAAUAGUUUGUCCCACAAAUAAUUCAGCUAAUGAGAUAAAAGCUCACAUUUUAAAAAUGGUGACAAGUGCCAGGGUAUACAAUAGCACAGACACCAUGCAGCCGAAUGGAAAACACACAUCAGAUUUGGAGGGCCUCUAUCCAAUAGAAUACCUAAACCAACUAAGCUUUCCGGGAAUACCACCACACGAGCUUCUACUUAAGGUAGACUGUCCGAUAAUGUUGUUAAGAAACAUAAGUCAGAGGGAAGGCUUAUGCAACGGUACCCAUAUGAUUGUUUCACAAUUGUUACCAUGUGUUAUUGAAGCGACAAUCAUAACUAGCACUUCCAUUGGAAAACGUGUAUACAUACCACGUAUAAAGUUCAUACAUAACUCAUCAGAUCUACCAUUCAUCUUCUCACGAAAACAGUUUCCAGUUAAAGUUUGUUAUUCAAUGACUAUCAACAAGAGUCAAGGACAAUCACUACGUAAGAUUGGAAUAUAUUUGUUACAGCCCAUCUAUGCACACGUCCAACUGCAGAUACAAUUCAAAUUCUUGGACAGUGAACAAAUCAGAGCUACAUUGAAUCUGUUUUCAGUGUUUUAG